AUGAUUUUCAUUAUAUUUUCAUUAUUCGCGUUAACAUCUGCCGGUAAAUUUUUUAAUAUUUCACAAAUAAGUUUUUUUAAUAUUUAGCAAAUGAAUGUCCAGAUGGAUGGAUUUUCAAUCAUGAUUUAGCCGAAUGUUUUUAUGUUUCUGAAAUUUUGUAUAGUUUCGACGAAAGUAUAAAAAUAUGUGAUUCAAUUGGUGGAAGUACUGUAACAGUUAGGAACUCGUUAGACAAUUCUGCUUUCAUUGGUAAGUUCAAAGUUUCUUUUUAAAAACGCAAAAAUGUUAUCAUAAAUUUUGCGCAGCUAUGUUUAACACGUCUGUUUUACAACCCUGGAUUGGAACUCGUCGAAAUACUACAUCAAACACAUUCUACAAUAUCGAUCAAUCAUAUUUUACUCCAUCUCUGUGGGCUGUGAAUGAACCAAGUGUAAAUGGAGAUUGUGUUACAUUUCGUGGAGUUCAAUCUACGGGUCUUCAAAUCACUCAAUGUUAUAGUCUUCAACCAGCAUUUUGCAAACAAGUUCCUGCAUUAUGUAAUAGUGGAACUUUUGGCGGAGCUUACACAAUGUCGGGUGUUGUCACAUCUCCUGGUUAUCCAACUCAAUACUACAAUAAUUUGAAGUGUAGUUAUCUCAUAAAUUGUAGGUUUUGUUUUAUUAUUUCCAUCAAAAGUUUUUGAAUUCCAGCUCCGAAUAAUACUUACAUUACAUUGAAUUUUGAUCCUUACCUAGUGGAAGCAUGGAACGAUAAUGUGAAAAUUUAUGAGGGGAAUCAAUCAGUCUAUCAAAAUUCUAUUGGAACGUAAGCCAUUUUUCCACAGUUGACUGUGAAAGUUAAAAAUAUUUCAGAGUACUGUCAUACAUGACUAGUUUUGAAUCUCAAGCAAAUCAAGUUUUGAUCACAUUUGAAACAAAUUAUCGAAUAACACAAAGAGGGUGGAACCUAUCAUGGAAAGCAAAAACAAUUCAACCAACAAUUUAUUUGAGUGGAAUGAGUGGCAAUUUUUCAUCACCAAAUUAUCCUGCUGAUUAUAACAAGUUUGACGAACAAGUUUAUAUUAUUUCGGCACCUUAUGGAACUCAAAUCAAUUUGACAAUUGAUGAUUUUGUCACAGAGAAAAAUCAUGACUACUUGGAUAUUUACACUGAAUUAAUGUCAAUGAAAAAUGAAACUUACGCCGCUCGAUUAUCUGGAAACAGUAUUGCACCAUACAAUUUUAUAAGUAAUGAUUAUUUCCUGGGGUUCAGGUUUGUCUCUGAUGGAUCUUUGAAUUAUCGCGGAUUUCAUGCCUAUUAUAAUGUUUUUUGA